AUGGCAAGACCAGUGCCGAUUCAACCGGGUCCUCUGCAUAGUCGGGUGGCAAUUGCACCGAACCUGCAGACGGAGCGGAAGAGCGAAAGUGGGAUGACUAUUCGUACUUCGCGACACUGGGUUCUUCCGCCAAGGCCAAAGCCCGGACGGAAGCCUAGCUGUGCUGGAAGAGGAUCGGGAGCUAUUGGGGCAGUUGUUCAGCCCAAUUUAGGCGAGCGGUCGACAUCCGUAACAUGUUCUAGUGCUACGGGCAUAACAUCGGUAGCCGAAAAGAAAAAGACGAAGAAGAGUUCUAAGAGUGUUUUACGUCGUGAAAUUACUCACCUGAAACACGAGAAUACAAAGCUGAAGAAAGAGUUAGGGCGUUUAGUGGGAAGUUUGCAAGAUUUAAAGUGUAAAUUUAGCUCGUCCGAGAAUGCGGUUGUUGAUGCGGUAGAUAAGGUAAAGGACAACGAAGGUGCACGGAAGCGAUCUUUCGUUGACGAUUCAACGGACGCAUUUUUGAAGUUUGAGGAUGAAGACGCCGAUCCGAGUCUUAGCUCUCUUGCGGGCUCGGCAUGUGUGUCAACGUCGCUGCCAAUUGUUCGUAUGGCGCAGGCGCUGUCAUUUAGCUCUGCAACAAGCCUUACAGAUGAUGAAGAGAUCGGAUCAACACCAUCUUCACUUUUUUCAAGCGAUCUACAAGGUAUUACAGUACCUUCCUCGCUUACGACGUCUAUGAUAACUCCCAGUUCCUUUAGUGGUAGCCAUCAAGCACAUAGCAGUCCAUCAUCAUCAUCUUCUUCGUCACUAUCCAAACCAAUGACUAUCCGUGGAAGUGGAAACUGUACAAUUUCUGCACUACCCCUUCCAUCCGAAACAGUGACGUUUGUUGAUGACUAUGAGCGUCAAACUUUUUAUAAAAAGCAUGCGGGGACGCUGUUGGGCCGCGAUGACACAGCGGCUGCUUCCAACGACGAAUUCCAACUGCGAAUGCUGCCUCUAGAUACAACCGACGACCUGAUACCGCUUAAUGCAAUUAAAGAAGAAGACGACAUCUUACCGGUUACUUCAGAUCAACAGGAUAUUGAAGGCACGAGUAUACUGCAUUGUUUAAAGACUCAUGUUGGUACGCCGCAAGACGACGAGCCUGUAGAGGUGUCGCUGGCAGUGCCAGUAAUAAUGGGAGACGAAAGGGAUGGGGAAACUUUGAUAGCCUCAGAUGCUAGGGUUCCCGUAGGAGUCACCUUGGCUGAAUUAUUGGAAGAGCAAGGCGAAGGCGACUGUGACUCAAAACUUAUUGGACCACUUCAUGAUAGUUAUUAUAAACUAUGA